AUGUCAUCGAUCAGGCGAACGGUUCAUGAAUCUUUACCAUACGUCGACCCAGACCCUACGCCAACCCAGCGCGCCGCAGCAGAAGCCCUUGUCGCAGCCGAACUCGAAGCAUCAUCAGCAACGACGACCGCUUCACACCCAGACCUCCCGCCAGCGUACACGUCAAACUUCACACCCGCCAUCGCCGCCGAGCUAGACCGCAUAUCCUCAUCUGCAGACCCGAGCAGGCCAACCAAGCUCUCCGCCAUCGACACGAAGCGGUACGAGCUCGACGACGACGAAGAAGAAGAAGACGGGCAGCCGGCGCAGACAUCAGAGUCCCUGGCCUUGACGCUGUCAAAGGCCUAUACGUCAGCCACCCACAUCCGUCUGCGCCGUCACCACCUGGCGCUCCUCGACGCGCCAGAGGGCCGCAACGCCUGGCUUGUUGCCAACUGGCAAUUGGAAGGGGAGCUGCGCGCCCUCGAGGCGGAGUUAGCCGCCGCCAAGCGUCAGGUCGACGUCCUAGCCAUCCAACGUCGGAGGGCCCAGGAUGACGUCGCCGGUGAGCUGAGGGGUCUUGAAGACAGCUGGAAGAGAGGUGUCGGCCAGGUCUUGGAGAUCGAGGUCGCUACCCAUAGGCUGAGGUCAGAGGUCGAGGCGAGGAGAAAUGAGGCAUUGGCCGCGCAAGCUGCCGCUGGGGCGUAA